AGAGGAAUUUCACUAUCUAAAAUUGCAAGUUCUAUCUUCUCAUUUCAAAUCGGACUUAACAUUCGACAAUUGUCCAUUUAAAAAAAAAAAAAAAAUCCUUGUAAUCUGCUCUCAAAAAACAUGAAGUCCUUAAUUGCAAAUUUUCUCAAAAUUGUUGUCUUCAUUUGUUACUUAACGCCAUUUUGAAAUGAAAUGCAACCGACCCCCUCUCUGCCUCCCUCAACAGCCAUUAGCACCGCUUCCAUGGAGGAAAACUCCGCCCCUGAUCCCCUCACGAACCAAUUCACAUCUCUCAACGAUCUAGCCUACGAGCUCGCCUCUCUUCAGGAUCUCGCCACCCGCGGCUCCUGGCGCUCCAUCCUCGACAAUGUCGCUCGUGCCCGCUCCAACAACCUCCUUUCCAAACCCCACGACCACCUCACUUAUCUCGCUUACAAUGUUCUCGCUCUCUCGAAGCUCCGCCGCUUCACAGACGCCUCCAAUGAGCUCGACUCUCUCCACGACUUCAACAGCCACCUCUACCAGUACGAGACGUACCCCGACGUCUACCCUAACCGCUCCGGUUCGAUGGUACCCUUCCUCCUCCGGUUCCUCCACGCCCAGAUCUCGUUUAAGCUCGGCAAUCGCCAGGAAGGGUUAGAUCGUUUCUAUUCCUUACUUGAUUUUACGCGCCAAAGGAUUAGAGAAAAGGAAUCCAAGAAUUUAGAUGUUUCUGUUAGUGUGUGGAGGAAACGGGAAGUUUUUGUAAUGAAUUGUAUAAUUGGCCAUCACCUGGGUGCUAAAGAGUUUAAUGUGUGCUUGGAUUUGAUCAAUGAUCUGAUUAAUCGUGAUUACCUAGACCCUCUUCUGAUUUCCAAAUUAGGGUAUAUACAAAUGCAGAUUGGGGAUCUAGAAGGGGCUAAUGUAUCGUUUAAUCGUGUUGAAACAAUGCAAAAUGAGGGGAAGAGUAAUGGGUGCUUAAGUGACGUUGAGUUGAAGAAUCUAGUUAGUAGAAACAAAGCAUUGGUCUACUUGGUUGGGAAAGAUUAUGUCUCCGCAGUCAGGGAGUAUGACAACUGCAUUGAGAGAGAUCAGACAGACAUUAUUGCUGUCAAUAACAAAGCUCUUUGCUUGAUGUACUUAAGGGAUUUGUCAGAUUCCAUUAAGGUGUUGGAAAAUGCCCUUGAGAGGGUGCCUACGGUGGCUUUGAAUGAGACUCUGGUGGUCAAUUUGUGCAGUAUGUAUGAAUUGGCAUAUGUUAAUCACUCGGAGAUUAAGCGGACAUUGAGUAAUUGGAUUGCCCGAGUUGCACCUGAUGAUUUUGAUUCGUCAUGUACCAGGGUUUGAGAUUUCAAGGAUUGAAUGAUCUUGGACACCGGAAACAUAGUCAGGACAGAAACAGCUCUUUGAUGGUUUUUGUGCUCUCCGCUUCCUCAUUCUCGUCGGUCCAAUUUAAAAUAUUGACAUUAUGAUAUCACAAAUUAUGGAGGAGCACAUUCAUGUCUUCAAUUCAAUUUUUCUUCACAUACUAAUUUUCUAUUAAAAUCUCCAUGUAGUUCAUUUUUCUGAGAAGGAAGGCUUAAAUUUAAAGCUAAAUUUGGAAAAAGAAACCACAAGACAAUGU